CUCGUGGAGUUUGCCUGCGUACCACGAGUGCCCGUGCAUCGACAGUCCCGUACACACAAGUUGCACAAUUUCAGCGUCGCUAGUCUCGGAAGGGUCCAGCUGGCUCGACGCCUUUGAGCGUUUACUGAUAGGAAGCGAUGCCCCGGUCGUGCCAUGAGGCACGAAGUGCUUCAGAAAAGAAAAAAGAUUUCUCCUGCCUUCGCUUCGACACUUCCGAGGAGUGCGAGGCAAAAAAACACCAAAAUGCAUGAGUUACCCUGCCUGGUUCGCUGUCUCGAGGCGCCGUAGCAUUUGCUUGUUCCGAGUCAUGCUCGGCCGAGCAUCGAGCGUUCGGAGACACGCCAAGCACAUUUUCUAAAACUACGUGUCGGUUCGUAAAUGCAGGAUUUUUUCGGUUGUCACUUUUCUGAACUCGAGAGAGUCGUCGCUAGCUACCAUUUCUCCGCGACCAGGUGACUUACACGCAGCUCGCCACUGCUUCCGUACUCAAAGUCUGUUUGUCUUCUAAUUGCAUGCUCCUCGUGCCUUUCAUGGUUUCAGCGACUCAUCUCUUUCCGCGUUUCAGGCCCUUCGUUUACAGCGUCCUCGCGACUCUGCAGAUUCUCCCUCCACACUGACCCUCCACUCUGCUGCGUUUCUCUAACGUGGCUUUCGUUCUCAACACCGACCAAGAUACACUCGUGGGUUCCUCCCCGGAUUGGAAGCACCUCUCAAAAGUGUCGUCCAAGCCGAGUCGAGAAAUCUGCCGCAGUUGAAGGGUCUCGCGGACAGAGUGUGAGCUUUGUCUGUGGGGAUCUGUUCACCAAGACGGGAAAGGGAGUCACAACUGGCACUAGGGACUGCUGGGAUUGCUAACGCGAGUGAUACGAACAUGUUUCGAAACGGAAGUCAACGCUUUUUUGCAGUGUAUAGAGUGCGGCUUUUCUUCAAAGUACCAGCCCGUUUUGGAAGUUUUCGUCAGAGAACGGCGCAGCCCCCCGACGGCGUCGGUCGAUUGGUGAAGUCGCAUGAGUCCGAAAAAGCAGGUUGUCACGGCUUUCAACCGUCCACCAACUGAACAGACGCUUCAGAAUCCAAGAGUCUUCACACUCAGGUCACACGAAAAUUGUCGAGCGCGGCAUUUUGCCAACGAAAGAACAUUUUCCACACGACCCGAGAUCGGGAACGGUACGCGUGGUAUGAACUGCCGGCUGUGACUCACCGCCAGGACUUCAUAGAGCGAUUCGAGUUCACCGCUUGUGGGGAAGUCAACAGGACUUGCGCCACAGCGAAUGUAGAGGUGCACGCUACAUUCACACUUUUUUCUGUGUUUCUGAAUCGAUAAAAUUCCAACUCCCGCGCCGCCACCGUCGGACCAGACAAACGCGCCCAUAGAAUCUGGGAACCCCCCCGAAAGCCAGUGUGUAGUUUCUACCUUUCUACGAAGUUGAGCGACCCCAGCGCUUCUUGCGAAGAGUGGCUGCUCUGGACGGCGAAAUGUCGAUCUCCCUCGCGACACUCCCCCUAGCAGGGGGGCUGGCUGUUCCGCCGCAGGAGAAAACGCAAAGAUCUCAGUCUGGCGCACUGCGUGUGCCUUCUUCGCCUCCCACCCCCAAGGCGGAUCCUUCGACUCCGGAGCAUACGAGUGCUUUCGAGAAAUUGAAGAUUCACCAGAUCGCGAUGCGAGUGGUGAAAGUGGCGGAACUGCAGCGGCGCCUGCGCCAUAAAAAACUGGCACCUCUGCAAGACGAAGAACAAAUUGCAGCUCUCAGUGGAAUUCGCCUGGAAAACGUCUUGGCUUUUCGCAACCUCGUCAGUGCAACAAAGCGUGCGACUGCUGCCUCCGUUCCUAUCGGAGAAAAAGAUCCACUUCUCGGCAGAACUACGCUAGCCUUGAGCAUCUUCAACAUUCCUACAGAAGUCCAAAGACGCAUCACGGACAAAGACAGGUGGAGGCGACUCUUCCCGGCCGCCCGCGGAGAACGACCCGGUGGCGGUUUGACAUUACUUUUUCUGGCGUUGAUGGCUGAAGCUUGUCGUCGAUUUGACGAGGCGGACGUCUACGUCAUUCAGCUGCUCGUCCGCAAGGCAUCUCGACUUGAGGAGCUGACAGAGGAAGAGAGAGCGUGUGUCCAGCGUGCGUUCAAUCGCCGAAUCCAACGAAGCAAGCAUUCUUUGAAGCAGGUGACGGCGCUCGAGAGGGCCUUCGACGCUCGACGAGACGCUGGACAGCCGAACAGAACCUACCGACUUGCGGAGGUAGCAGCGUACAAAGAGAGACUGAAGGACGACAUCGUCCGGCACUGCUACGCCAUCGUGUGGGCAGUGACUCACCUAAUUAUGCCGAGUCCUGGAUCGGCCGCGACGCAGAUGUUUUCUUACAAGUGGAUCGCCACGGCCUUUCGGCAGGUUACGCAAUUCACUGACUCCGUCCCUCAGUACCAGUGCCUCCAGCUCGCGGAAUCGAACUACCAGCAAGCAGUGAACGUCGCAAAAACAGACACGACCCUAAGGCCUUGCGACAUGCUACGGAUCGAGACCCUGAUCAGCUGGGCAAAUUUUCUGUUUUAUAAUUUGGAGAAGCGACAAGAAGCGUUGGCAUCGGCCCGCGAGACACUCCAGGAAGCCAUUGCUCAACUCGAAACGGUGCCUGAAGAGCAUUUCGCUGAAGUUGUCGAGGCGUUGCAAAUUCUCAUGAAAAGCGUGUGGCGAUGGAACCAAGAAAGUCGGAAAGACGCCAUGUACGACUGGUGGUCAAGUUUGUGAAAGCUUGAUUUUGAAUCGAAUCAGCUGAAGCGACAGUAACUUGUCGCAGAUUUUCGGGUAUUUCCCCAGAUUUUUGAGCAGGGUUUGCGACCCCGUCGGUGGGUUACACAGGGAUGGGGGAGCGACUUUAUACCGACCUGUUUGGGGGUUCCAAAGUCGUCUUACCAAGAACUAAUGCGAUCUCUUAUUUCCUCGCAUCACUUUAAGAAGGGAUGUCUAAAAACAACAGACCUAGGCAGGGUUCAGAUUUUUUGGAAUGACACCUCAUGAAUCUGUUCAUGACGACCCGUUGACGUGCAUGACGCAGAGUGACAGCAUCGUCCAUUUGAGAAACGAACACUUGCACACAAGGUGUUUCUCAAUGAUUUUAACACACGCCAACAACAGAGACGCUUUCAUCAAGGAAACUCUACUUGUAAAAAAAUUCACAACAGGACACGCUUCGAUCUGUGCCGUCACUUUACCGGCUACUCCCGCGUAAGUCGGCUCUGUGUUACGCGCCGCUGCCUUCUGUUUUGAAGCCACUAUUCCCCUCCCUAGGAAUCUCGAUGCCCAGUUUGAUUGAGGGCGCCACACGGAGAACCCUCUUUUUCAUUUUUGUCGGGGUCGAUUCGAUCGAAGGAAAGCUCACUAAGUGACUCCGCAACCGCGUGUCGUCGUUCGUCGCUCUGCAUGCAAAGAAUGCCGCUCUAGUCCCGAAGUCGAUUUUCUCGCUUCCUCCCUUGUGUCGAUGACCACACGCGCACUUUCCUCGCGGAUCUGUCGAAGUUUUCUCUUGACUUUGUGCGUGCGGUUUUUCUGCCGUUCAACGAACCCACAAGGGAAUCUUGCCGCUAGACUUUGAGGCUGAAGUGCGAUUGCUGCCACGGAACGCCGUGUAAUAAUAGCGUGCCGAGGGACUGAGGGGCACUCUGAAACGUUUCUUUGUGGCCUCUGCGACGUCUUCCGCCUCGAUUUCUAACUGUUUCUCUACAGUUUUGUAGUUUAUCACUCCAACAUCCAGACGCCACACCGGGAAAGAGUGUGGGGGUGCACUACGUUUGAGGUAGGUUCCGCGUUUCACCGAAGUUCCGGUGGCUAGCGCCGUUUCUCGGCGUCACCCCGUCACGCAUCGCACGAUAGAGUCCUCCCUUUUUUGCAGCGGGCAUGUAGCUUGUGGAUUUUUCUCUCGUUUUCGCUUCUGGUCACGAGAUUCCCGGUUUGCUGGUUCGCGAGAUCCUGACGUCGCCGGGAUGCGCCGCGUUCGUACACUUCGCCGGCGCAUUUCUCGCCGUCGACAAGAAAGCGCGUUCUGGUCGCAGAGACAGCGUUGAAAAGGAGAGAUGGCGAGGUUGAGAGAUUCGCAUGCAGCACCGGAAACGCAGUUUACUCAUGACCGACCUACAACCGUGGUGUCUUGGUCGCAUGAACGACAAAGCUUGGCAGCUGGCCCGCAGCCGCCUUUCUCGCAGUCGCCGCGGAUGGCGCGAAUUCCACAUGUCGAUCGCCCGUGUUCCCCGCCAUAAAAAAUUGCUACGAUUGUCACCAUUUGUUUUCUGAACAUUUGAAGCCUCACUGCAAGCAACCACGCACGCAUCUUUGUUCCCCUGCGCCGCUGCUGCCGCG